GAAAACACUCAACAUGGCCGAUCGAGGAAGCCAAUUACAACAAGGAAUCAAAGUUUUGACUUUUCCAGAGAAGUCUUUGCCAGAGUUUCCGGAAUUGGAUCUUAAAGUCCCUUGUAUUUUCUGUGAGAAGGAAUUCCCAAACACCUCAGGGAAAAAUGAUGCUGUGCUGCAUCACAUGCUGAUAGAACAUCAACUUGUUAUCGGAGACGUUGGUCAAGUCUGCGACCUGAGGAGGUAUCUUUGUUACUGGAAAACAAGACUAAAAGAGAAACCCAUAACAGAGGUGUGUCCAGUCAUCAACAUCAAUUCCAAACCUGAUGAUAUUGGUCCUAAGAUUCAAUACUUCCUCUUGUGUGAUUCACUUCCUGAAGAUAGGAAUCUAAGGGAAGAUUUGCAACGUCAGAGGCUGGAAGAUGUUCUUGAGUGUCAGCAGCGAGAAAGAUCAGAUACACACUUUUCAAGAGGCUGUCUUUUUUGUAAACAACACUUUGAAGGCAACAGGUCGUCAUUAUUUACACAUAUGGUAUCAGAUCAUGGAUUUAAUGUAGGCCUUCCUGAUAACUUAGUGAAUGUAAAUGAAUUCCUAGACACUUUGGAAACAAAAUUAACCAAUUUGCAGUGUUUAUUUUGUGAGAAGUUAUUCAAAGACAGAACAGCACUCAAAGAUCACAUGAGAAAGAAACAACACAAGAAAAUCAACCCCAAGAAUAAAGAAUAUGAUCGAUUUUAUGUCAUAAAUUAUCUGGAAUUGGGAAAAACUUGGGAAGACAUUCAAAAUGAAAUUGAAGAGGAAGAAGAUGUAGACUCUAAAACUGAUAAGAAUGAUGAAGAUGACUGGAGUGACUGGAAGGGUGAUUUACCACCGUGUGUUUGCUUGUUCUGUGAAUCUUCUAGCCCUGCCACUAAUGAGAUUCUACAGCACAUGAAGGAGGAGCAUUUAUUCGAUUUUUACACUAUUAAGAGCUCUUUUGGUCUGGACUUUUAUCACCAAGUUAAAAUCGUCAAUUACAUAAGAAGACAGGUUUACAAAAAUAACUGUAUUAAGUGUCAAGAGAAUUUCCAAGACAAGGUCACUGUUUUAGAACACAUGAAAAAAGCUCAACACUUCGCUGUACCUGAAGACCGUACGGUGUGGGAUCAACCACAGUAUUUUUUCCCAACUUACGAAAAUGACGCAUUGUUGUGCAGUUUGGAAGAUGACGAAGAAGACGAGACAGAGGACAGAGAUGAUUUUGCACAAAAUACUGAUGUAUAAGGAUCAAAGUAACUCAAAUAAAUAGGGUGCCUCACAUUGGCUGAUGGAGGGGACUCGGUUCUACAGCAAUUGCGAGGACCUAGGCGAAUGUUGGCCAUUAAAAUUACCACAAUUCGUCUUCAGAAUGCGCACCUGAAUUCCGUUUACGAAUUGGGUUCCUGAUUAAUCUACACCAGAAGUGGGUCUCCUGGCGAGGUUUUUACCCGUCACCGGCUUUAGCUAAUACAAGCAUGUGGUGUGUUCAUCAAAUUCGUUUGGAGUUUGUUCUGCAUGUUUCAUUGUCUCUUGCCUUCUGCUGAGCUUGCCUCUGAGCAGCUCGUGUCUCAGAUUUCUUCCUACAAUAACCCAAAUUACCCUAUACUUGAGUCGAUGAACGUUUUUUUGGAAGUUGGAGAAAGAAAACCCCCCCCCCCCCUUAUACUCGAGAGAUCGCACUUAUAGCGAGGAAUAAAACAACCUCGUUCGAGGAGGACAAAUCCAUAACUUUAGGAUAGUUUGAGAAUUGAUUACGUUUAUGUGAUAUUAUUCGCAGUUCUUCUUCUUUUCUGUCCUCAAGGAUGCGCUUAAAACCAACAAAAUCCCUUAGUUAUACUAUGUCCAAACAAGAAAUCGGCUCCUGCAACCUGAUGGUUGCUAUAACCCACAAACUGAGGAAGUGAUUAACUUUUAUUUUUGGUGGGGGGGGGAGGCACACUGCGGCCUCUGAUAUUGUGUAUAAAAACCAGCGUCACAGCCCAAAGUUGUGAAGAGUUAGUAAGGUGUAUUUAUUGACUGAUGAUUUUUCCAUGGAACAGAAGAGAUUCUUAAGUGUUAGGUAGUGUGGACGGGAAAUCUUGUUAUAAUCAUAGCCCUCCAUCUAUCUAAAAUUAUGCAAUGUACGAUUAUUGGUACAGUUACAAAGUUAAAUACAAUAAAAAAGACACUAAUGAUGUUGAGAUAUUUCGUUGGGAUUAUCAUGUCUACUUUCACAUUCCCUAUCUAGAACGUAUUUUACAAAAUCAACUGAUUAACAAAAAAUUAACCUGAUUUGUACAAAAAUGUCUUAGUGGUAAUAUGGAGUCAAAUUUUCACUUUAUCAUGAUCAGAUUUAACAUCAGUUUACAUUUGAGCCAUUAAUAAACGCGCAUAAUUCUC